AUGCCUAAACGCAUCAUCAUCGACACCGACCCGGGCGUCGAUGACAUCUUGGCGCUGCUCCUUGCCUUCUCCGCCUCCUCGGCCGAGCUAGAAGUACUGCUGGUCUCGCUAACGUUCGGCAACAUCGAGAUCAAGAAGUGUCUUCACAACGCGGUGUCUCUGUUCCACGUUAUCGAGAAGGAGCUGGCUCAUCGCGGGGAGGCGGGGGAGCACACUUUCUCUGCGCUCAAGGCAUGCCGGCCUAUUCUUGCGUGUGGUGCAGAGGGACCACUGGACGGCAGCAAGGUCGAUGCAGGCUACUUCCAUGGCCAUGACGGGCUGGGGAACGUCCACACAAAGUGCCCCCAUCUCUCUGCCGACGACACCUACCAGGCUCUGUUCUCGGGCCAAGAGGCAGCAGAUGAAGAGAAGGAGAAGCUGUUUAUACCUUCCCGCCAGCCGUCUCACCUCGAGAUGCUACGUCUACUGCGCGAGAACGAAGAAGACAGCAUCACCAUCGUUGCCGUGGGACCGCUGACGAACCUCGCCCUGGCCGCUGCCGAGGACCUGCCUACCUUCCUUCGAGCCAAGGAGGUAGUCAUCAUGGGCGGAGCUAUCGACGAACCUGGAAACGUAACGCCCUUUGCGGAGUUCAAUGUCUUCGCCGACCCGCUUGCAGCAGCCCAGCUGUUCGCACUGACAUCGCUGAACCCACGACGCACCUGGCCGACGUCUUCACCGAUGCCCUGCCCAACGCUUCCAGGCAAGAAGAGGCUUACGCUGAAGAUGGCACCGCUAGACCUGACGCACGCUCAUAACUUCACGCCCACCGCCUUCCGCGAGGCCAUCACCGCCCACCUGCAGCGCAACUCUCCGCUGGCAGAACUCAUCUCUACCGUGGUCGAGCACACCUUCAGCACCAUCAGCGGCCUCAAGCUGGCCAGACGCGAGGCUACGACGGCAGAGGAGGAGAUGAGCCUGCACGACCCCGUGUGCGUGUGGUACGUGCUUACCAGCGACGAAGGGUGGACCUGGCGCGAGAGAGACGUGCGAGUCGAGACUGUGGCCCAGUGGACGCGGGGCGCUACGGUGGUGGACAGGCGGAUCGUGGGGCGGAUAGACACCGACGUGGUGGACAAGGUGGUGGUGGAGGAAGACGAUGCGGGAGUAGAGGUCGAGGUCGAGGUCGAGGCGGAGGAGCGCGAGGACGACCGCGGCGGCUGGCGGGCGGGCGGCAACCGGGUGGGCGUGCUGGAGCGCGGGCCUGGCAGCUUACUAAGCGAGGAGAUCCUCCAGCGGGUUUUCGCGUAG